UGGUCUAACCUUAACCGGAAGUUGUCAGCAGCUGCGCGUCGUGUGCUAGAAGCUAAUAGAAGCUAACAGGAGCUAAUAGAAGGUGCUGGAAGGUGCUAGAAGUCACUACCAUGUUGAGUAAAGUGCUCGGUCAGAAAUAUGUGGCCAUUGCUAAGUCGUGGAUGCCCACACUUGCUGUUUGGGGAACAGUUGGCGGCGUAGCCUUGGUUCACUUCACAGACUGGCGAAUGUUCCUGGACUAUGUGCCCUACAUCAGUGGCAAGUUCAAGAAGGACUAACCAGUUUGUUGUGGGAGAUGAUGAACCAGGACUGUUUUGCACUGAACUCCAUCCAACUGUCAUCUUCAUCCUGCUUGUGCAACAGCGUGACGACCUCCACCUUCAUCACUGCACUUGGGCUUCAAUGCUCCGUCCAAAUGAAAGAAUAGGAAAACACAGACAAUGCACAGACUUUUUGUUUUCCCUGCUGCAGUUGGAGCUUCUUAUGUUACUCGUUAGUUGCUGUCUGAUUUAAAUGUUCAGCUCUGUACUUCAAGCAAAACUGUUUUUGAAGAGUAAAAAGUAUGUGAAACACCUCA